AUGCCCGGUGGUGAAUAUUCUACUGUGUGUUUUGUUGAUGAUUAUGAAGAACUACUGACUAGAGUUGGCCAUGACUUUACCUUGGAUGUUGAGGAGCUGUGGACCUCUCAUCAAGAAAGUCGGCGGAAUCCUGAGUGUGUGUUAGCUCUGUACAUGACAGUGGCACGAGCCUGUUUCCCAGAUGACCAAGCUAACCGAAUACUCAAUAUUGGUUCGGAAAGCCACGAUGGUCUCCGGUGCCCAGUGUAUGAGAGGUUCCUCUCGGAGCUGUGUAGUCGGUAUCUAUUAUCAGUACCAUAUCAUAAUGCUGUCCAUGCUGCACAAGUAACCCAUCACUGCGCUGCUAUCAUCAACUCGCUGGGUAUUCGUUCGAGAUUGUCCGAUCUCGAUUGGGCGUCGUUGAUUAUCGCUUGUAUGAGCCACGAUGUUGGCCAUUUCGGUCACACCAACAAGUUCUUAAUAGAAACACGGCAUCCUCUGGCCCUACGGUACAACGACCGUUCUGUUAUGGAGAACUACCAUGCGGCUACUAUGUUUGAUAUGCUUAAAGAAAGCGAGGACUGGGAUAUCUCCCGAGGCCUCUCUAGGUCCGAAUUGAAGCGUUUCCGAAGUCAAAUCGUGGCAUUGAUAUUGAGCACUGACAUAGAAGCACUCCCAAAGCUCGCAGACCAGAUAAAAGUAUGUCGCCACUCUAGUGUCGAUAUGCUGGCAGCAGACUCACGACUCAUCCGAGGGCUCAGCAUAUCCAUGGCAGAUUGCGGUCACGUUUGGCUCACUUGGGAUUUGCACUAUAAAUGGGCAGUGAGGCUGUCCGCCGAAUUCGCGGCAGAGGCGCGCGAAUUAGCGAAAGUGAACAGGCAAGUAACAGCGCCGCCGUGGACGGACAGCUCGCCGGCAUCAAAUGUAGACCCGUCACCGCGCACACAAAUCUCCUUCAUCGAACGAUGGCCAAUUGUGAUGAUUGAAGCACUUGAGAGUCUCAUUGGGAUCGACGAGACUGGAUUCUCUAGUACGGCUUGUGAAUGGUCGAAGGCUGUAAGGCGAGCAAUACGUGACAAUGUUUCACACUGGAAGGAGAGUGAAGCAAGCGUGGUCGAUACGGAUGCAGCAGUGGACAGAGUAGCGGCACCAGAGGCUAAGGUGGAAUCGGCGACAGUCAAGAGCGAUGGUCGCGAUAAUCGGCGUGUCCCGAGGUCUAGUGCCGAUGAUGAGCCACCAAUGCUGAGUUACUCGGCUCUCUAUAACACUGAUGGAACCAGCCUUCCGCCUGCUACCAGCCGUCGGUCGGGGAGCUCAAGUUCCGGAUCGGAAAUAGCGUCGAGUGAGCAGCCUCAAGGGAAUAGCCAACAACUAGCAUUGCAGCGUGGCCAGCAGAACAGUGAUGACGAUGAGGAUCCACCGGUGAUGAGUUACAGCGAUCUUUAUGGCUCUGCUGCUGCUGCAACACGGAGUGCCAACAUGGACGAUCCUGAUGAGCCUCCUAUGCUCAGCUAUGGCGAUUUGUACAGUAGGUUAGGUGGAAUGCAAGGCUCGAGGUAA